AUGAGAAAGAAUGGCGAAAGCGACCAGUCUUUCAAGAAUAGGUUCACUGCCGAAAGAUCGCGGCAAUUUGAUCUUUUGCAAACGAAAGAGGUUGCCGACCAAAAUGCAGACGGCUGCUCGAAAAGAGCAUGUGAAUUUCUCAAGCCAGGAUAUCAGCUUAAGCCCAGUGAUGGCAGGAGAUUGAACUCUUCGAUUAAAGAGCACCAAAGUAUGCUUGGGAAACUGAAAAAUCGUAGUGAAAGCCUUGAAAGAAUAUGAUUCUACGCUUUUCCAGUCUAAUGGACUUAUCUUGAAGCAAGGAGAAGAAUUUGCUCACUACUUCAAUGUAAAGCAGAUCAAGUGCGUCGAGAGGCUAAGGUGCAAAAGGUAACGCGGGAUACAGAGACACCAGAAGAAAGUAAAGACAGUUUUCGUAGCAUUUUCAAGGGCCUACAUAGAGACAUCAGCAAGGGAAGAAGAAAAAAAGAAAACCGUCGAAAAUCGAAUGCAAAAAAAAAAGAAAAGGUUUGAAAACAAUGUUCAAUGAGUGUAUAGUAUUUGUGUCGGAAACCCGCUUAAUAAUGAUCUUCCGAAAUGUCUUCUGUAUCCUCCUUGCCUUGCCGUCCCUGAAGGGUGCAUCGACGUUGAGAAAGUUUCCGAAUUGCUUUUUGAUCGAGAAACGGCAUACAUUGCACAGCUCUUGCAAGGAAACCAUUUCAGCAACCCCGCAGGAAGCAGAAUUAUCACAGACCUCAAGUCGGAGGUUAGAGAUAAUGUGUACUGCUUCAUGUACCCUGGAGAGUAUGCUAUGACUGAAAACGACGAAAGCGACUCUAGCAGCAGCACGAGCGAUGAGGAAGAGCUUGGCAAUGAUGACGGAGAUGAACAUGAGCAGAGAGACGUUGCACAGAACUAA